AUGCAUACUUCAGGUGGUCUAAGAAGCGAGGAGGCCAAUACUGCGGCUUGGGAAGGGGGUCGAGGGUUUGUAGUUGGCGCUACAAAGUGGGGAAUAGGUACAGCUAUCCUUGGAGCGGCAGGAUGGUAUAUGUCACCUGUAUAUCGUGGUUUGACAAUUCAAUUCAAAACAUUCAUUCAAAUGUCCGGAAUGAUCUUGGGCGGUUGUCUGGAAGCUGACCAUAGAGUCCGGGAAUAUGAAGCUAAGAUGCGAAUGCAAAAACGCAUAUUGAGAGAUAGAGCUAUGUGGGAGAGGGAGCAGGAAGAAUAG